ACUGUUUGCCCAAAAUGUGGCCAAAUGUGUGUUUUAUGCGACAAAGCCUUCACUAAUACAACACGUGUUCAUUAAAUACACCAUUGAUUUGAUCGCGAGUUAAAACAAUGACCUCCACAUCGAGGCUCAGAUCCACAGCCUCUUCGGCCAGGAAUUCGGCGAUUGUUCGGUACGACACGCCUGACAGUCGUCCCACUGGAUCCACUUCACGACAUGAAGCGAGUGAUCCAAAUGACGACCACAUGUCCGAUGAUAUCAUUGACCGUUUGACCGCCGAUUGCGUUAAAUAUCUGUUGAUAAUUAGCCACAAGAAGACUGUAAUAAAAAGGGCCGAUUUGUUGAAGACAGUGGCCGGCAAACAGUCACUUCCCAGUCGUGGCCAAAGCGAUGCGAUCAUCAAAAGGGUGCGGUCAGAGAUGUCACGUGUGUUUGGGUUGUCGUUAGUGGAGUGUCCGGACGCCACCAACACUUAUAUUGUGGUCAAUAAACUGCCCGCCGAUGGACUCAAGCAUGUGAUGGACGGCGACUCAAUGCCCGACAGCCAGCACUUCAUGUCUGCGCUCUUGACCACUGUAUUGGCGCUCAUAUUCAUGAGCCAACAGUCCUGUCCAGAGGACCUCAUGUGGAGGUUUCUUAAACGGAUUGGAUUUGAUGUCAGUUCUAAGACAGCGAUUCAAUUGAAUGACGAUUUGACCACAAAUACUACGCUUAAGAAACUGUUGACUGAAGUAUGGGUUCGACAGAUGUAUGUGAAGUAUGAGAAGAUCGCCGGAUCUGAUCCAAUCACUCAUGAGUUCAAGUGGGGCUUCAGAGCCGAAAAUGAGUUCAAUAAACUCGAUGUCCUUAAGUUUGUAUGCAAUGUGUUCGCCGACGGCAGUCAACCCGAGUUUUGGCGAACGCAAUACACGGCCGCCAUUCCUGCCAACGACGACACCGCCGCUGAAGGCAGUGAAGUCUUAAUCGAUUGAGUGAUUGAAUUAACGAUUAUAUUUAAUGAUUUAUCUACACGUAGUCUUCAUUGCAAUUUAUUUGGUGUAUUAAUUGUCAAAACAAUUGAUGACAAAGACUGCGAAUUUUUAAGGCUAUAUUUCGAACCGAAGUGCACAUCACCAGUCAAUCUGAUCAUCUUGUAAUUAUAGCAUAAAUAAAUUCUGUAUUUUGUAAUUAUUUGUAAUUAAAAUAAAUUUUAUAAAUGUUUCAAAAUAAAC